AGCCGAGCCACUCCGACCCGUUACCCGCUCAGCCGGUAAGAAAGCGACAAAAAAUUAGAAGCAGCGGCCGUACAAUUCACUGCAAUUUUAGCAGUAGCAGGUCGCUUCCAAAUCCACAUUCACAAGGCAGUUACUAAAAAUUUAGUGUGUGCUCCCUUUCCCCGUCUCUCGCUCUCCCUCUCUCUCUCUCUGAAACCCGAAAGCACAAACUUUCUCUCUCUUCCAAUACUAGCCACCCGCGCUUCAAAUUUGAUUGCUUUUUUCCCUCUCCAUUUUGUUAUUGUAUGUAUGCUAAUUCUCGUCGUCGUCGACUGUCAUUGUCCGUUGCUUGCUCUUUCUAGAGCGGAUACACAUCCGUCCGUACAGAACUGGAACUUGUUCAGAGGUUGAGGUUUUGCCUGCAGUUUUUAUUGAAAGGGCUCGAAGAUUAGUUAGUUGAAGUAAUCCUAGUUUUGCCUCAGUUCAAGAAAAUAGGUUUGGUUUACAGUGUAGGGCAAAAUUGGGCUUUAAAAAGCUUCAGAUGGAACUCGGUUCGUUCUCUGCAAUUUCUUGAAUGUGACAACACUAAUCACCAGAGAGAUUAGGCAUACAAAGGUUGUUGUCAUGAUAUGCAGAGUUUCGGGUGAAGAGAAAGCGUUUGUGGUGUAUCUUGCUGCUAAUUAGGCUUGUUGAGUAGUGAGAUGCUGGCAACAGAGUCAUGCCCUUCGCGGGUUUUAUCUCCUUUACGUGAUGAAAGCGGCGAUGAAGAGCUGUCUGUUCUUCCCAGGCAUACAAAGGUUAUAGUCACAGGGAAUAACAGAACAAAGAGUGUUUUGGUCGGUUUGCAAGGAGUGGUCAAGAAGGCUGUUGGUCUUGGUGGUUGGCAUUGGCUGGUACUGAAGAAUGGUGUUGAGGUCAAGCUUCAAAGGAAUGCUUUGAGUGUAUUAGAACCACCUACUGGAAAUGAAGAAGAUAAUGAGUAUGAUUUUGAUGAUUCAAGCAGUGGCUCUGAUAUGGGGGAGAAGAACCAUCGCCGCUUCUCUUAUGGGCUUCACUUAAGCAAGAUAACCAAGCCAAGAGUUAGGUAUAAUAUACCCUGGUCUCCAUCCGCAGCAUCAACAAAGUCAAUGAACCACGGCAGUUGCAGAGAAGUUCAGUCCAAUUUUUGUGCAACACAAUUGAGAGUUAAUCUGGCAAAGCUUGGAACUGGAUCAUUAUGGAGAUACUGUCGAAGCUUCCAUCUUGCCAAUAUUAGUUCUCACCCUACUAAGGAACAACUGAUCAAAGCUGUCCAGCAGCAUUUUUCUUCACAGAAAGUGGAUGAGGUACAAGUGAUUGUGGAGUUUAUUCGUGCGGCUAAGAGACUUCAAUCAGUUGGCAAAGAUUGAUGAGAAGAGAGACUGAUUACAGAGUUGGUUCGCCUCAUCAGUGCCUGUAAUAUAUAUGUAUUUAGUAGGUAUACUCGAACUUGUUAUUCACCCUAACUUUUAGUUCACCUCUAAUUAUUCACUGCUGAUGUAGGGACUAGGUGUGCAUGAGUAUGGAUGUAUUCCCUAACCUGGAUUAUGGGGUUUGUUCAGUCAAUCUAAUACCAUACCCCUUCAUCCA